UCUGUCAAGAUCAUUUUGUUUGUUGUUUUUGCGUUGGAACUGGGAGGGUGGUCAGUCCGUCGCCGGUUUUUGGUCACACGUUGCUCGGAUCUGAGUUUCUCAGAUCUGUUUCUACAUCUGCUAUAUUCUACGGGUUCAGAUGGAAGAAAGCAAUAGCGUGAUUUCUCCGGUCACAGCAACGGAAGACGAAGAAGCUCCUGUAAAAUCCAAACGGCCACAAUUUGGCAAUCGCUUUCUGUCGGACGAGGACGAUGUGUUCCAGCACAAUGCUUGGUAGGGUUCUUUACCGGGUGCGCUUUCUCAGUGGUUCCAGAAAGUCUUAUCCCGCGUUGAGAUUUUAUAGUGACUAUGAAUUCACUCGGUACCGGAAGAAGCCUCGAAUUGGUGAACGGUUUCUUAAAGAUCCUGCAAAGGUUUUCGAUUUUAAUACAUGGGACAACGUUGAGUGGGACGAAGAGCAAGAACAGGCAGCCUUGGAAGGCGUCAAGAAGAAUUCAACCGUUAAGAUGAAUGUCCAAGAUGCUGAGAAGUUGGAACUGGAAGCAGAUUCGAAUUGGGACAAGUUCUACGGCAUCCAUCAGAACCGAUUCUUUAAGGAUCGUCAUUGGCUGUUCACGGAGUUUCCCGAACUGGCCCCCAGAAACACCAAGGACGCCCCGGAGCGAGUUUUUCCCGAGGGUACCGAAGGUAGUGGAUGCAGUUCGGAAACGCAAUUAACGGUGGAUCCGAAUAGGCAGCGGACCAUUUUUGAAGUUGGUUGUGGAGUAGGCAAUACCGUUUUCCCUAUUCUUAAGUAUAGCAUUGAGGAAAAUUUGAAAAUUUACGCUAGUGAUUUCUCGAAGCAAGCAAUACAAAUUUUAAAGGAAAGCAAAGAAUUCGACGAAAAGCGAUGCGAAGCAUUUGUACUGGAUGCCACAGCGGAAACUUGGGACGUUCCCUUUGAGGAGAACAGUAUCGACAUCAUAGUACUGAUAUUUGUUCUGUCGGCAAUUGAUCCGGAGCGAAUGCAACAUAUCGCCAAUCAAAUUGGUCGCUAUCUAAAGCCGGGAGGACAACUGCUGCUCAGAGAUUACGGUCGUUACGAUUUGGCUCAGUUGAGAUUCAAACCAGGGAAAUGCCUGAAGGAGAAUUUCUAUGCGCGAGGUGAUGGCACUUUAGUUUAUUUCUUCACACAGGAAGAAUUGCGGACACUUUUUCAAAAUGCAGGGCUUGUUGAAGAGCAGAAUAUUGUCGACCGUAGGUUACAAGUCAAUCGAGGAAAGAUGUUAAAGAUGUAUCGCGUGUGGGUGCAAGUAAAGUUUAGGAAGCCUUUGCAAUAAAUUGUCUUGUACCCCAAA